AUGGUCACCCUGCCUUCCUCCCAUUUCGGAGGUUCCGGUGGGGGCUACGGCGGCGGUUCCAUCGGUGAAGGUUCCGGUGGAGGGUACGGCGGCGGUUCCAUCAGUGGAGGACACGGUGGAGGUUCCGGUGGGGGCUACGGCGGCGGUGGAGGCAACGUUGGAGGCUACGGCGGCGGCUCCAUCGGUGAAGGCUCCGGUGGAGGCUACGGCGGCGGUUCAAUCGAUGGAGGCCCCGGUGGAGGCUACGGCGGCGGUUCCAUCGGUGGGGGCCAUGGUGGAGGCUCCGGUGGAGGCUACGGCGGCGGUUCCAUCGGUGGAGGCUCCAGCGGAUAUGGUCGCUAG